GUAGUCAAUUGACAAAAUGAUCCACUGAAGUAUCAUACUUCUUAUAAACAUAUUAAAAAAUGUUUAUUUAUUUGAUAGCUCCGGUGGCUACAUUAUUUUUUAUUUUUGGACUCUUAAACAUUAAGUGUUUAUAUAAUUGGUUACUAGCAUCUUUACGAUGUUCGCUGACUCUAUACAAUGGGUUGAUAUGUAGACCUGCCAUCCAAACGUCAUUAAAUGAAGAUUUUGAAAGUAAUUUGACAAUUGAGAGACCUAUGGCUGUAAUCAGUGAUAAGGCAGAAUACGAAGAUCUUUUAGCAGAAAGCUUAACAAUUAGUAAUAAUGAAAGAUUAUCAGAUAUCCAUUUGGGAGAAACCGGAAGUAAAUCAAGAAACGUAAAUCUACCACGAUAUUCGUUUGAAGAUAUAAUAUCAGAGAAAAAAGAUAAAGAUCUUGGAUUACCUGUCAUGAGAACUCUACAAUUAGGAUUAAUACAAGAUGAUACUAUACGAACUAAACAAGAAGGAAAGGAGAGUAUAUUUGAAACAUUAAAAAAUUCUAUUGAAAAAAGUAAUUAUUCAUCUCCUCGGUUAAAUACUAGACAAAUAUAUAAUAUGAUCUUGAAAGAAACUCUGAAAGAAAGUGAAGCGAGACAAAAAUUGUCCGACAAUGAUAAGUUCAAUGAAGUGUCGCCAAUCGAAAUAAAGGAACAUCUUCCAUCAUCGUCGGAAAAUAAACCUGAAUUAGAAAAUAAUAUAAAUAAAUAAUCGAAAUGUAAUUAAAUUUUAAAAAGUAAUGUAUAUCAAAAAUAAAAAUAUGCCUUAAAAAACAUAAAA